GAGGGAGGCGCCGGGAGCUCUGUGUGCGCUGGAGCCCAGUCCACUAUGAUCUUACUCGCCCUCAGCUCUGGAAGACCGGUGGCUUUCGUGCAUCACUCGGGGGCGGCUCUCUUGCAAGCCUUCCUUUGGAUUUUAUGUGCUGCCGUCUGCAGAACGGAGCAGUAUUUCAAUGUGGAGGUUUGGUUACAGAAGUACGGCUACCUGCCCCCAACGGACCCCAGGAUGUCGGUGCUGCGCUCGGCGGAGGCCAUGCAGUCCGCCCUGGCCGCCAUGCAACACUUCUACGGCAUCAACAUGACAGGGAAGGUGGACAGGGACACCAUCGACUGGAUGAAGAAGCCUCGGUGCGGCGUGCCCGACCAGACCAGAGGGAGCUCCAAGUUUAAUAUCCGUCGAAAGCGGUACGCGUUGACGGGGCAGAAGUGGCAACACAAGCACAUCACCUACAGUAUAAAGAACGUAACUCCCAAAGUCGGAGACCCUGAGACCCGGAAAGCUAUCCGCCGAGCCUUCGACGUGUGGCAGAAUGUGACCCCUCUGACCUUCGAAGAGGUCCCCUAUAGCGAGCUGGAGAGCGGCAAGCGGGACGUGGACAUAACCAUCAUUUUCGCCUCUGGUUUCCAUGGAGACAGCUCGCCCUUUGACGGAGAAGGGGGGUUUUUGGCCCACGCCUACUUCCCAGGACCCGGGAUCGGGGGAGACACGCACUUUGACUCGGAUGAGCCCUGGACACUUGGGAACCCCAAUCAUGACGGCAAUGACUUGUUUCUCGUGGCAGUUCACGAGUUGGGACAUGCCCUGGGGUUGGAGCAUUCCAACGACCCCACCGCCAUCAUGGCCCCGUUCUACCAGUACAUGGAGACUGACAGCUUCAAACUGCCCAACGACGACCUACAGGGCAUCCAGAAGAUCUAUGGGCCACCUGACAAGACCCCUCCGCCCACAAGACCUCUGCCGACGGUGCCCCCACACCGCUCCGUUCCUCCAGCUGACCCUCGGAAGAAUGACCGGCCCAAGCCUCCCCGGCCACCCACGGGCCGACCUUCCUACCCGGGAGCCAAACCCAACAUCUGCGAUGGGGACUUCAACACUCUUGCCAUUCUCCGCCGGGAGAUGUUCGUCUUUAAGGACCAGUGGUUUUGGCGAGUGAGGAACAACAGGGUGAUGGAGGGGUACCCCAUGCAGAUUGCCUACUUCUGGCGGGGUCUGCCGCCCAGCGUCGACGCCGUGUACGAGAACAGCGACGGGAACUUCGUCUUCUUUAAAGGGAACAAGUACUGGGUAUUCAAGGACACGACCCUGCAGCCGGGGUACCCUCAUGACCUGAUCACCCUGGGCAGCGGAAUCCCCCCGCAUGGCAUCGACUCGGCCAUCUGGUGGGAGGACGUGGGGAAAACCUAUUUCUUCAAGGGCGACAGGUAUUGGAGAUACAGUGAGGAAAUGAAAACCAUGGACCCUGGGUACCCCAAACCCAUCACCGUCUGGAAAGGCGUCCCCGACGCGCCCCAGGGAGCCUUUGUGCACAAGGAGAACGGAGCGGCUGCUUGCAGGUGGAGGCUUCCGGCCACUGGGCCGUGACCCUGGUAGAACCGGCCCGGAGGAGCCCCAAUAGCCAGACACUGGCUUUGUGGGAACGCCCGCGUUUGAGGGGCUUCGCUUUGGAAACAGCGAGCAGCUUGCCUUGAACUUGAUUUCCGACCUGGUGACUGUCACUAGCAACAACUUACACGUUAUCUUCUGUGACAGUCGUCCCUGGAGAGCCCUGCUCUGUGUGUCUGCCCUCUGACCUCUAACUUGCAAACUGGCACAAACAGAAGGACGCCCGGUGUGGCUUCUCCAUUGGCGUGGGAACUGUUCUCUGAAAUCCUGGUGAGUGGGCGCCGUUUGCCUCAAGUGGACAGAGUGGAUGGCAGACGGACAGGUGGACACUCUGCUCUCAACAUGCACCCCAAAAAGACAUUCUGUAGGUAGAAGGGACUUUCCAUUUUCCUUUAAUAUGAUUUCAAGUCUGAAUUCAUCAUUUUAGUACAAAUAUAAAACUGUAAGAAAAAAAAAAUCCUUAAAAUACUUGAAUGACCAGUGUGGCUUUUAUGUGAAGCAGGAAUUUUAUACUAGUGAGAGUUUCUUACUCAUUUGCUAAUAAUACUCAUUUCCAGAUGAUUUUUAAGGAGUGUAGGUAUGCAUUCUGACUUGGAAACGGAUAGGCUGGCUGCCGUGAAUUUAUAUUUAUCCUCCAUAUAGCAUGGAAAUGAGAAUGCCUUUCGGUUACAUGUUAUGACUGGGUUGGGGAAAACAUUUUGGAAUCACCGUGGCAUGCGGCGAACCUUGCAGCUGUUAUUUCUACAACCUGGACACGUACAAUGUCAGGCUAAGAAAGGAGGAGUGGAUUUGCAGCCAAACAUUCUGCAGUGCUUAGCACGUCAGGGCGGGUUGGGGUACGUGUGUGAGGGCCGCCACAUGGGGGGGCUGCUUGGCCUGCAGCUUCCCUCGUGGUCUCUUGUGGACGGUGCCGGGGCUGCAGCCGUCACCCCACCGGGUAGGGGACUGGGCACAGGCUCAUGCACACAGAGCUGGCUGGGGAGGGUUUAAUCCUUUUAGUACCUUGAUGUCAAGGGGAAAAAAAUGGCUGGAAAUUUCAUUUUGCUAAAGAUUCAACUGAGGAACUGCGGCAUUUUGGGACAUGUGUGAAUAAUCACUGCGGAAUUCCAUCAACACUGAAAACUUACUUUCUUUAAAAUGAGAAAGAAACCGCAGAAGCAGCAGUCAUUUGCCUCUUUACUCACUUGUCACAAUAUCCUGAUUCAUCCUGAGCCUCAGUAUCUAAGGGCUAGAAAAUGAUCGUGGCUUUCAGAGAAAGGGUUGUGCCCUUGUGCCUGAACCCUGCACAUGUCAGGCUCCGCGUUGCGUCGUGUUUACCUCAGUGAGAUGAGAUUCGGGGGAUAGGAAAAGGCACACGUGGCUUCUCUCUCCACUGGGGCGUUAAGCCGAGAGGUCGCGGGAAGAGGACCGUCACGUGUGACAGUCCCAGCGUUGGGGCCCCACGGGUGCCCUGCAAGCCGGGCUCUCGGAUGAGGUGCUUCCUCCUCUUCCCCUGGGAUCUGGGAAGCAGCUCAGCGCUGUGGAUCCACAGGGGAGGGGACAAGGGCUGACUGGCCAGCACACAGGACAGGGACUCGGAAGCAGUGGGGACUGUCAGAGGCCAGCCCAUGACGGGCCAGUCCAGCAUCUCGGGAGACGCGCGUUGUCCAGCGGCUGUCAGCGUGCCGACACUGACACAUGGGAAGUGCAGGCCCAAGCUCCCCCCACCGACAGGAAAACAGCAGGACCGCAAAACUAAUUCUCCUUCCUUCCACGGUUUUUCUUUGCUUCGAUAGAAACACUCGUGGAAGCGAGGUGGUGUUCCUUACAUACACUGAGCUUAUCAUUUUAGCCAUCAUUCUGUGUGUGGUUAGCAGGACUGGGUGAAGCACUGGAGACGUGGUCAGCCUGCCGUCCAUGGAGCAGACCGGCCACGCCAGCCCUUAGCACGGGAGCAGAAUUUCGCUGUCACCCGUCUCAGGACACGGGUCUGCGGACGUGGGGUCAGGUGCUCCUCAGCUGCGAAGGGAGCAGAUAAACUAGAGGACUCUGUGACAGCAGCAAGGAUGACAUCUGUUACAGGUCAGAGGGCAAGACUUUCCUGAACCAAUGUGACAAAUGACUGUUUAUAAAAAUAAUGACUAAGUAACAAAGGGACCGACGGCCGGAUUAGGCAGAUGUUCCUUUCAUGGCCGGACUGCGUGGUAUUGUCUCCUGUUGCCACAUGUUUUGUGUUCCACACACUGUACACCUACUUUCGUUCCCUUUCUCUGGCUGAUUUAAAAGCGUGACACGGAUGAGGACAUUGCCCAGCUUCACCGUGGCGGGGGGGCACAGGCUGGGCCCCAGCGGGGGUGUCUUAACACUGACACCUCUGGUGGCUGCCGACACCCGCCCACCUUGGGGGCUCUUCCAGGGAAGAACAGUGUCCCUGCUGAUGACACUCAGCGUGCUGUCUGGGAUAGACAGUGACACGGGAGUGGUGACAAGAAUCUCUGUUGUUUUUGGCUGACUUACUGCCACCACAGGCUCUAGCUCCCAGAACACUACGCAUCUGUUGUUGGUUCCAUGUCGCCUAGGAGAAACCACAGCCACAUCAGAGAAGUUCUAUCAGUUACAUUUUAAAAAUGAGAACUUCAUAGAUAGAGAAAGCAGCAGCCGGCAUAGCGCCAUCAUAAACACGACAGGUACUUGUGAUGUAGAUCAGUAUUGGAAAUGGAGGGAGAGGAAAGGGGAGUGUUUUGAGUAGGAAGGUGCAGGCGGCACUCCGUAAUGCUGCUGGACUACUUAGCGAGAGUAACAGCAAUGCAGACAAAGGAGCAGGCUGUCCUGUCCGCUGAGAUGGGCUGUGCACUGGACAUAGUCAGCCAGCGGGCCUGAGGGGACGCUGCUGCCCGGCUCUGCCUUCCGGGCGAUCGGGUCGGAGGUGGGUGUCGGCAACCCCAGCUGGGCAGAUGUGUAGUGGCAGCUCUCCUGAGGAAGGCAGGUCCUAGGGGAGAAUGUCCCUCCACCCUCAGAACACAGGACACGUGGCGUGGUAGCAGGGAUGCUGCUUCGUGCCCCAGUGUCACUGACUGGUGACCUUUUCUUCCAUGUAGCAUGGAAACCACUUCAUGCCUUCCUUUGCUUUAAGUCUGAAAUGAUUCUGAGCAAUUUCAGGUCAGAGUAACAACAUCCAGUUAUAAAUAUCUCUUUCCACAUUUUAUACAUGUGUCUCCUUUGAAAUGGAAGCUUAUAGUAUAUAAAGCGUAAGAUCACAGGCUGAUGUGACAAACUCACAGAAACUGGGUGAAAACCAGAUGUGAUAUUGUAAAAUUUCUGUCAAUUUUCUGAUUGAAUACUCAAGUAGCAGCCUUUGGUUUCUAAACACGACUGUGAGCUGGUAACUAGAUAUGACCUGCAGCGUUUUUAGAACAAAGCUAAUUCUUACACGCACUGAAGGCCUGAGACCCUGAGGUUGUCACACAGCCCCUCUGAGCUACGCACAGCGGAUGCUCUAAGGAAAAUGAGGGUGUAACCAGUAGCUCAUGGUCGGUGCAUAACAGGUAUAAAAAGUUAUGGAUGGAAGACGCUGAGUUCUGAAGAGCCGACGCCUUUUCAGGGUAAAGAGCAGCGUGUUUGAGACUGUAUCUUACACUAGGCGUAAGCGUCAGGCUUGACGCAUGUGUUCGGGGCACACGGGCAGCCGAUGGUAAACUAGAACAGCGUGUGACCCACGUAACGGCCACGUGUGUGCUCUGCUUCAGAGCUGGACUGACACAGCCGUAAGAAGGGAGAAGGAAGCCAGUGCAGUGGAAAUACGGAGGCAGGGUCACUGUAUCACGUUAGGCCACUCAGCUUCGGAGCAAGAGGUCAUUAGCCCUUACAGAGCCGCAAGGACAGAACAGGGCCACGAAUGAAAUGAUUAACUCCUUCACGUACGAAGAUGCUCCGUGAGUGUUUUAUCCUCUGAAAAAAGACUGCUCAAAAUACAGACAUUUCUGUAGCACUCAGUUCAUAGCUACUAGAUCCGGGCAUAACCCUUUUUGACAGCCUCGCUCCUAAUGGAGCUUUGGUGACGCGUGACCACGGGACGCUUUGCCUGGGCUGGGAGAGGGUGCUGCUUGCCCUGGCUAUCUUUCUCAUGAACGCGUGCUUCUUGCCAAGAUGUGGAUGAAUGAGGCCGGGUAUGAGCUGUGUCCUCAGUGUCACUAGGAUACACGUGUGUUUUGCUCCCGUGAUGCCAGUGUGAACGCAUUUUCUCUGUCUCUCGGCAGGCGGGUCGUGAAGGUAAAAUGCACUUCCCUUGAAUAAAUGACUCAAUCUUUAAAUCAUGUCCUAGUUUUCGCUGCCACUGAAAUAAUAGUAUCACGAAGGCCACAUUAUCGCCUGUCUCCUCACAGCUCUUUUUUCCUACUCUUGCCUGGAUAAAACAAGGUUUUAGUUCUUCCUGUCACUUCUUUUGUACCUGACAUGGAAUCUGUUAGGCCUUUAUAGGGUCCUCAGUGCAACGUAUCACAAUCUGAGUUACUCUGCUGCUUGUAGACGUGACAUCCCCAUGCACCCCCUGGCUUUGCUGCUCCUCCAGUUCUGACAUGAUGUUUGCUGUCUGUGUGUCACCUGAAAAUACAGACGGCUGGCAGGAGCUUGGUGCUUGUGCUGUCGUGUGCAGUCUGUGCUCAUGCAGGCCUUUCCACAUCCACCUUCUCCUUUUUAUACCGGUUUGGUUUCCCUUCCCUUUGUGAGGAGCAGAGUGGAGCACCAUGGCACGUCCGACGUGGUUCCCUGGAAAUGGCCUCCACCCUCAUGCUGUACUCCUGUUGCACGUGCGGACGUAGCCUCCCCACUUCCACACACCCUCUAUCCUCGCGUGGGGCUCUCCCUCUUUAGAGCUGUCCCCCUGAGGAAAGUGAAACGCUGUCGCCUUUGGGAAGCCAGCUACAGACGUUUGCUUUCGGAGAAUGUGUCUUAAAUAAUUAUACAAAAUUAAAUACCAUAACAUAGUGUUGUUUAAGGAACAUUGUGAGUACACGAAUGCCCAAAACCUCGAUCCUUGGGUCUGUUUCUCUUUAUGUGUAAAUUACAUAGAUGGUAAAGAGAGGGCGGGGGGUGUGGGUGGCAGCUCUGUGCUGUGUGUCUGCAUCGGCACAUCUGUCACCUCUAUUUUCAGGGGUUUGAGACUCACCCAUUAACACUGGCUUUGGGCUAAAAGUCAUGAAAGAUUUUCUCUUAAGUAUAAAAUUUUAAAUAAAUAUAUCGUUUUUAUAUUAUAGGAGGGAAAUAAAUGGAGUUUACUACUAGUUUACUACUCGCGCAAAUAUAACUUUGAAUAAACUUAGUUUUUUGGCAACAUAAAAUCUAAUUAGUCCAGAGUCUAUGGAUGGUUUUCUAAGAAUCAAUCACUGACACUGAGCAAACCAUCUGCUCCAUCAGUGUAGUGACCUGUCUUCGAGAGGUUUCCAUACUGGCUUCCUGGCACUGACGUCAUCCUGAUUGCAGUGGUGGGUCAGCACGAUGAUGAAUGCGGCCAUGGCCACCAAACAAGGUCAAUGCUACCCGAGAUUUGGAAAUACACAGAUCACUAGAGAGAUUCAGGGGGUAGGAGAACCCCAUCGAUUUAGUCAGAUAAAUGCUAUAUAUAUUUUAAAAACUGCACAUUUAUCUUUCAGAGUCAGAAUGAGAAGGGAGAAAUUACAAAGGAAAAUUGUCUCUUGGGUAAACAAUACACAUUUUAUAGCCUCCUAUGAAAAUCAUUUUUUCCAUUCUCUAUUGUGGUUGUGGGAAGUUGAGAGAAUGCAUAAAAUUAAUGCAGACUUCAUUCAAAUAACAUUGAACUGUGAAGCAGAGAAACAACUAGAAAAUUCAAUAUUUCACCCAUUAUCUUUUAGUCAUCUGACAACACUUUAUUUCAACUCCCACGAUGUGUUCAGUUAUAGGGAGUGUUGAAAUCUAACUUUAAAGUUCUGGGUUCACAUUACACUCAGCACGUUUCAUUAAGUCUUUGACAACAUGUAGCCUCCUGUGCAAGGAAAGGAAGACGUAGACUCCGUCUGCCGGACGGUGUUCAUUCAGGUUUGUGAGGUGGCGGGGGUCUCUGUCCGCACAGGAUCCUACAUGUUUGUACCGCCCUAAACCCGGCGUAUGUUUGGUUGUUUCAGAUAGCUUGUACUGACAAACACAGAGCUCAUUUGUGUGCAAAUAUAAGGCUGAAUCAAUGGUGCUAAAGUGUAUUAUUACUGUCAGAUACAAUCCGGCAAAAUUCUGUGGUGCUUAAUUAAUUUUUCAUUGGCUUUACUGGAUCGCUGCAUUGAACGGUGUGUAUUAUUCACGAGCUGUCUUUAUCCGUAAAGCAAGGCCUCGUACGUACCACUUGGUUAAGUAAACUGGUUGAUUAGUUCAUGGACCAGCUCACCAAGCUGCCAUCUCUAGACUCUUUGUACUGUUGUGUCCUUGAAGGUCAGGAGGUCAUGCCAUGAACCUCACACUGUAGACCAUCACCAGGACCAGACUCUCCCACAAGUGCUUGUGUUUAUAACAUGCGUGUCACGAGCUAGGAUCACCCGCAUGGUACCUGCCAUGGCGGUCGGAGUUAAGGGCUGUGCCGUGAUUUUUUCUGUAUUAAUUAAUUCAUAUUUAUGUUUCCAUUCAAGGAGGGGUUGGGGCAGGGCGUGUCUUACCCUAGGGAAGGGUUAAAUGGCUUUUUAUACUAUUGCAUCGUCUGUACUCACCACCAAUUCAUUGUGUUGUAAUUAAACUGUCAAUAAAUAAGAGA